AUGUCAGCAUGUGAAGAAUUCACAAACGUUUAUGUGAAGAAUCUGGUUGAAGGUGUCACGGAGGAUAUUCUACUUCUACAUAGAUUGUUUUCACCCAGAAAGAAAUGGCUUUCUCUUGAAGUAAUCGCAUGUUCCUUACCAUCGGAGGGGUUGAUUGGCAUCUCCGUCACUGUUCAUCACUGUUGCUCGACGUCGCCACCAUCUGAAGAUCCCUAA